CUUGUGCGUGAGGACUUCGUGUUGACAGCAGCUCACUGCCUGAGAAGCUCAAUCAACGUCACCCUGGGAGCACAUAACAUCAAGAAGCAGGAGAGGACCCAGCAGAUCAUCGCAGUGAGAAGAGCCAUCCCACACCCACGCUAUAAUGACAAGACUUGGAGCAACGACAUCAUGUUACUGCAGCUGACAAGGAAGGCGAAAGUGACCACCGCUGUGAGCCCCAUCAGUCUGCCCAGGGACUGGGAUACGGUGAAUCCAGGGAUGCUAUGCAGUGUGGCUGGCUGGGGGCGUCUUGAUGUGAAUAUGUCCCGCCCAAAUAAACUACAGGAGGUACAGCUUGAAGUCCAAAGGGCCGAGAAAUGCACAUCUCGCUACAAAUAUUACAGAACCACCACCCAGAUAUGUGCAGGGGACCCAGGAAAGAGGAAGGGCUCCUUUCAGGGUGACUCCGGGGGCCCGCUCGUGUGUAACGGUGUGGCCCAGGGCAUUGUGUCCCAUGGAAAAGAGGAUGGGACACCUCCACAGGUCUUCACCAGAAUCUCAAGCUUUCUGCCUUGGAUCCAAAAAACAAUGAAACAGUACGAACUUCAGGGACCAGACUGAGGUUUCUCCAAGGACUGAUCUGUCCAUUUUCCCUGGGAUGGAGGCAGUGGAAAAAGUGGUUAGAAGUUAGGCUGCCUGAAACUUAAUAAACUUCCAUCUCUG